CCCCUCUGAGCAGCAGUCAGUUACAUGUUUACUUGCUUUGUCAGCGGUGUCCCCGCAGCAGAUAAUCUCAUGUACCUAACCUGCCGCUGAUCAAAUCCUUGGACUUUUAUCUCAGAGCGACUUAUCGCAUCGUCAGGGCUCCUUAUCAGCACUUUCCCACUCAUUUCCUCAGCCUCUUGCGGACCUUGAUCGGGGGCACAUCGGGUACAGUUUUUUUUUUUUCUUAGCUAACAGGGAAAGAUGACGUUAAAAUCCAAUAAAAACGAACCUGCUGUCAUACUGGAUCCUGUCAACAGCGUCCGGACAGCCCUCUCCGAUCUGUACCUGGAGCAGCUCCUUCAAAACAAACCAAAGUCUGACAAGGUGGCUAUGCAGAUCUAUGAGAAUCAGGGGGCUGAGGUUUACGCCAAUGGUAGUGCUGGACACAUGAAUGGAACAGAAGUAACCAAGAUGAAAGAAGUAGCAUUUGAAAAGAAUCCUUCAGAGCCAAUGGGGGUCACUCUGAAGCUGAACGACAAACAAAGGUGCACUGUGGCCAGAAUAUUGCACGGCGGCAUGAUCCACAGACAAGGAUCCUUACAUGAAGGCGACGAAAUAGCAGAAAUCAAUGGGAAAAGCGUGACAAACCAAUCUGUAGAUCAGCUACAAAAGAUCCUGAAAGAAACCAAUGGAGUAGUCACAAUGAAGAUCAUUCCCAGCCUGCAGGGCCGAUCUCGAGCCUGUGAGGUAAUAACAUGACUAGAGGAAUGUGCACUUAGCUUUGGUCUUGUCAGGCCUAUUGCUUUUGUUGCGGGUGGUUUUUGUGUUUCAUGUUUGUUCACUCCAAACUCCUUUUAAAUUCACAUGAGUAAAUUAUGUGUAAAUUUGCUUUACAUUCAGAUCCAAUGGUAACCUCUAGUGGCACAAU